AUGACGGUCAUCUCCGUGUCUUUGUACAGAUGUGGUGGCAGCUGUUGCCGGAGGCGUGUCUACUGGGCUCCUCCUCCUCCUCCUGCUUGCAGUCUCCGCCUACCUGCUCUGGGUCAGGAGGAGGAGGCGGAGCCAGAGGCAGUAUCAGGAAAUGGUCUCGACCGCAGCCGCUGUCCCAUCAUCUUACGAGCCAUCCCCUUUUUCCUCCCGCCCUGCUUUAAGAGCCGACCGCAUGUAAGCCUGGAGGAGGAGGAGGAGGAUGAGGAGGAGGGGGUACAGGAGGAAGAGCAAUGGCCCGUAGAGCAGCACAGUCACAGGGGCUCGCUGACAGUGGGGACUGCCUUCCCCCUGGGUGCCUUGAGGCCAGACCUGUACCACGUCCCUGAGGAGCCCAGUGAGUGGGCGCCCCCUGCUGGCAGUGCCGUGCGUCUGUGGUUUGCGGUGGAGUACCAGCAGGAGAGGGAGCAGUUGGUGGUCUCACUGCUGCGCGCCGCCAACCUGCCCGCCCGUUGCCACGCCAACGCCACACUGGUGAGGCUCCAACUGCUGCCUGACGACCGGCGGCAUCGACAGGCCAAAGCCAAGCGCAAAGGUCGCGACCCCAAGUUCAACGACAGCUUCGUUUUCCAGCUUGGGUCCAGGUAUCUAAGAGCUGUGUUGAUUAGAGCACUCUGUCAGGUAUCCAGGGGCUGUGUGGAUGAGUGCACCCUGAGUCUGUCGGUGCUGAGUGUGGACCGGCUGAAGAAGCACCAGCUGCUGGGUCGGGUUCUGCUCCCUCUGAGGUGGGGGGAGCUGAGGGAGGCGGUGGGGAGAGUGAUGUGGAGAGACCUGGAGACCGAGAGCGGACAGCCCAACUCUAAGCACGGUGACAUCCAGGUGUCUCUCAACUACAACGCUCAGCUGCAGCGCCUCACGGUGGUGGUUCUGAGGGCGCGCGGGCUGCCCCUGCAAGCCGAGGCAGGUGUGUGUGUGCAGGUGUGUCUUCGGCUGCACACGCUGGUGGUCCGGGCGAAGAGGACGGCUCUGGCCACAGGAAGUGACCCCGCCUUCAACGACAAGCUCACCUUCAAGCUCCUCCCCCCACAGCUGGAUGACGCCUCCCUCAGCCUGGAGGUCCAGAGGCCGAGCGCAGUAGGGCCAGCUUCCUUGGGACUGGUGGUCAUCGGGCCCUUCAUGUACGCCAGGGGCCCAGAACUGGAGCACUGGAACGACAUGGUCAGCAAACCUCAGGAGCUGGUAAAGCAGUGGCACGGCAUCGGCACGGCAACGACAACAUGAAACUCUGAAAAGCUGACCUGGAGAAGCAAAAAAACAUCUCCUGCAAAUCACUCUAAACAGUAAAAGCAGCUACUUCCACUGCUGCUAUGCUUAUGAGAAAAAAGCUUUGGGGCAAAUUCAGUAUGAGGCCAUUUGGUCUACGAGAAGCACCAAGUCAAGGACUCAUGCUGUUUUGGAGGGUAAUGGUGCAAUUAAAUGACUAGAGAAACAACGCCAGAGGCUACGGCUCCUUGAAGACCAUUACACAUGACACGCUUCUGCUGGUAGCCCCUCACUGGGUGGGCUCUAGCCCUGAACUGUCACAGAUCCAGUAGCUCUGCAUCCAGUGAAGGCCUGGUCCACUCCACAUCCAGCUACUGCUAUGGCGUAUAUAUAUAACGUUUGUUUUCCAUUCACUUCGGGAGCAUAAUUAAAGUUUGCUAUGAUUAAAUGGGGCUAUGAAUGAAACCUGAAGUCGUCUUUUUGCAGAUGAAACCAGUGCAGGAGAAAACACUCGCUCUGUCUCCCUCUUCUGCCUCCUGCUGAGUAUCUGUCAAAAUAAUGUGCUAUUCCAGGCACACAGUGUUGUGUGUUUAUUAUGCUUUUGGGUGUCCCGGUGCUUCCUGUCUUAGGACCAUUUAGGUUCACGCUGUUUUAUCACUAGUUUAUUUUUUCAUUGGAGGAGAAGACACAUUCACAAAAUAAGCAUGUGGCCAGAAGAGUUUUAUCUUUCAAAAAAUAAAAGGAAAAAAAAAGUCAAACAAUUCAAUGGUGUCUGAAUGCGACUGGGUAAUCUUAUCAUACAGUGUAUCAAUGAUUCAAUGAAGGUACAAUGAACUGUUCCAAUGACAUUCAACUGAACCUGACUGAGCCCUCUUAGCGUGGGUGUUAGUUGUAUAGGGUCAUAUUAUUCACAUACCCAAGUGGUCAAUCAAGGCCUGAUCCAUCCCAGAACCAAGCGCCAUCUGGGCACGCUGUGGCCAUGGCGUAUGUGUUUAUCCUGGGGGAGCUACGCACGGCCAGUGAACCCAAACAUUACUGCCCUUUAAGCCUCUAUUGUUGAUUGAGUUGAAUCCCUGGGUGUAAGGCCACUUAGUAACAUAAUCACUACGCAGCCGUACAGACUAUGGAGACAGACAGACAGACAGUACCCCCCUUUGGACCAAGCGAAACGAAACAGUGUACAACAGAACAGCUGGCGCUUGGCGGGCAGUUUUGGGCGCAGUGGGCGCAGUAGAGGUCUAAUAGAACCAUCCAGGUGUGGCGGCCUAAUUCAACCAAACACUGAUGAAGGACGUGGCCUGCUUAAAAACCCCUGUAAAAUCUGCACAAGGGCAGCUUGGUUGUUGUUGUCGUAUCCUGCUGCUCAGGUUCAAUGGUUGGGCAGUCAUGCUGUUGUGUCUAGCCCUUGUGGGCUACAGACAGUUGUACUGUGAAGGAGUCCCUUUAUGGAUCCCGGGUACAACAUGCGUUGCGUGUUGUGGCUAUCACCAGCCAAUUGUACGUUGUCGUUGUAUCCUGCUGUGCACGAUCUAUGGUUGAGCAGUUGUAAUAUUGGUUAUGUUAGGUUGCUGGCUACUUGCAUGUGACAGUGAGAGGAUUGGCUGCAGUGAGAAGACCCCAACCAAUAGCACAAGGGAUUUAACAUAUUUUCCUGUGUAUAAUUAAAAUUACAACCAGUGACAUUUUGUGUCAUCAUUGGUGUAAACAUAGGGCAGUCACCAGGAUCUCAACUCCCUUCAGUUCGCCAUGUACUUCCCUGGCGACUACUCUAAUGUACAGACUUAAAUGUAGUGUAGAGGUGUAGUUCAUGAAUCUCAAACUCUAAUGUACAGACAUAAAUGUAGUGUAGAGGUGUAGUUCAUGAAUCUCAAACUCUAAUGUACAGACAUAAAUGUAGUUUAGAGGUGUAGUUCAUGAAUCUCAAACUCUAAUGUACAGACAUAAAUGUAGUUUAGAGGUGUAGUUCAUGAAUCUCAAACUCUAAUGUACAGACUUAAAUGUAGUGUAGAGGUGUAGUUCAUGAAUCUCAAACUCUAAUGUACAGACUUAAAUGUAGUGUAGAGGUGUAGUUCAUGAAUCUCAAACUCUAAUGUACAGACUUAAAUGUAGUGUAGAGGUGUAGUUCAUGAAUCUCAAACUCUAAUGUACAGACUUAAAUGUAGUGUAGAGGUGUAGUUCAUGAAUCUCAAACUCUAAUGUACAGACUUAAAUGUAGUGUAGAGGUGUAGUUCAUGAAUCUCAAACUCUAAUGUACAGACUUAAAUGUAGUGUAGAGGUGUAGUUCAUGAAUCUCAAACUCUAAUGUACAGACUUAAAUGUAGUGUAGAGGUGUAGUUCAUGAAUCUCAAACUCUAAUGUACAGACUUAAAUGUAGUUUAGAGGUGUAGUUCAUGAAUCUCAACUGAAGCUAAAAUCAACAACAGCUGCAU